AUGUCAAGGCGGCGCAAGACCCGGUUGUUAAAAAUCCGAAAGCAGCUCACGGCGGAGGCUGCAGCGGCGGAAACGGGGGGCUGGGCGGCAGCCAAAAAGCUGGAGGCGACGAAGGCCGCCUUGCAGGCGCUUCCAAUUCCUCCCGAAGAUUCGGGCGAGGCGGAGCUGGCGGCGGCGACAACGCCGGGGACAUCAUUCGAGGCAGCUUGCGCGACAAUGAAGGGGCUCUGCCACCGUGGUGUAUGCCUGGGCUACGGUGCCCUCAGACCCGACCUCGUGCCUCCGAACUUGACGGCUCGGCUGUCCCAGAUCUCGGAGAUAUUCCGGGCCUCAACCGCCGGAGAGCUUGCCAUGUUUCUGGAGCUUCUCCGCAUUAACCACCUGGUGCAGGCGGCUACCAAGCUGGGCCAGCACGGGGCGCUGCAUGAUACGCUGCACGAUGUCCUAGCACAGCUGUGGAAUUCCCUGUACGAGCAUGGCAUGGAACCAACCAAGAAGGCCGCGCAGGCUGCUGUACAGACAGCAGUGUCGUUGCGUGAGGGCCCGGCAGCGGCAGCGUUGCUGCUGCUUACCGCGCAGUACACCGCUGAACCUCUUGCUGGGACGGAGGCCCCGGCGGUGCUGGGCCUGCUUGAAGCAGAAAGUCCUGAGGUGGCCGCCAAGCUGCGGCAGCGGCUGCCCCAGCUUGGUAUUGCGAGUACAACGUGA